GUAGUCUGUAGCGCCAUGACAGGGGUGUGUUUCAUAGCAGCAACAGUAGCGUACAUAAGCAAGGUCCGCAAAAUGCCCAGGGCGAAAAAGAAAAGAAGAGAGGAAAAACUUAAGAAAGAUAAAAGAAAUCUGGAAACCUCAGUCCGGGUCAUGGUUUUUAAAAAUCAACGAGGGCGAACAAUAUCUGAAUUCCUGCAAAUAAGUCAAGAUAAAGGCUUGAUUGAAAAGGAGCAUCAGGCCUUAACUAAAAUAGCUUUGGAGAGGGAAAUGUUAAGACGUGAUGGCAAGAUUCAUACCAAAGAUAGUUCGCGAACUUCCGAUCUAGCAUGCCAGUUGGUGAUCCAAGACAAGAUGGCAGCCUUUCUCAAGGACACGAAGCUGAAUCCUUUUUACGUCGAUGGAUACAAAAACCGGAAUGCUUACCUUGUUCACACUGCUCCUACGAGAGAAACUUUGGAAUCUUUCUGGGAUUUGGUAUGGACCCACGGCUGUCAGUGCAUCCUUACACUUACCCCCUCCUUUGAUUACUGCGGGAUUUUAUGUUGUGAAUACUGGCACGUGGCCACUGCGGGGGGUUAUCACGUGGAGAUUCAGAACACUGUGACACGCGCAGACUGGAUAAAGCGAACCAUCAGCGUAAGAAAGAAUGACUGCGACCAGGAGAGACGCAUACAACAUUAUCAGGCGAAGAGCUGGGAGCGCCACAGAUGCCCCGACCCGAUUCUCUUGUUAAACAUCCGGAGAGAAGUUAACCUGUCAAUGUCACACGAAUCCCCAAAAGGACAAGUCACCCCGCUGUUGGUGCACGAAGCGUUCAACUCGAUUGACAAGGUUGGCGCCUACAUCGCUGUGGACGCAAUCUUGGAGCGAAUGGACGCCACCAAGAGCGUCCAGAUCUUUAACGCCGUUGCCUAUCUUCGGAAGAAAAACCCAAGAAUGCUUGAAACAGUUCAAAACUACCAAUUUGUUUAUGCCACAGUUGCCACCCAUGCUGUAUGUGACGACACUACUGUUCAACGAAAAGAUCUUGUUGGAGUGACAAAGUUUUUAGCAUGGAAGUCUCCAGGCUGGAGCGAGACAGGAUUUUCGAAGGAAUUUAAGCUGCUGACCUCCCUGACCCCCGUCCUGACCAGUGGCGAGUGUGCGGCCGGAUUCAGAAGUGAAAACUUGCACAAAAACAGGAAUUCAGUACUGCUGCCUCCUGACAGAUGCCGACCCUAUUUAAAAGACGAUUCAGUUAGUAGUCAUAGUGAUUACAUCAAUGCAGUUUACAUUAACAGCUUCUACAGCGAACAGCAGUUCAUAGUGACCGAGUGGCCCAUGCAGAACACUGUUGUGGAUCUGUGGCGACUUCUGUACGACUGUCAAAUUCCAACGCUUGUGAUAUUGGACCACAUGGACUCCAGGUUUGACCGUUGGAGAUACCCACAUUUCUGGCCUGGUUUCCCGGAAACUGAAGUGCACGAUGGACUCCAAGUGACACUAACUGAGACCAGGCGGUACCCAAACAUCACGACGAAAACAUUCAAUAUAAGAAAGAACGUGAUCCGCAGCUCACACAAAUGGGCACAAUCGGGAAAGUAUGAUAUGCAAGCAACUAGAGCACUUUUGAAAAAAAUAUUUGCAGUCGAGUCCGCCACUCGACACGUACAUACAGUACGCAUGUUCCAGCUGAACUAUUGGCCGCGUAAGGCAAAGGAAGAGAUGGGAUCGAUUUUGAUGCUAAAUAAUCUCGUAGAGGAAUGGCUGCACAAGCUAGAGAUUGAUCAAGGUUUCACUCAUGCACCUGUUUGUAUUAUGUCUAAAGACGGUGUGGAGCGCUGUGGUGUCUUCUGCACUGUCAACAUUGCACUGAAUCAGUUGGCGGAGGAAGACAAAGUGGACAUAUUUUCUACGGUCAAAUUGGUAAAAGCAAACCGUCCAGAGCUAGUGAAAGAUGAAAAAGAAUAUCUUCUAUGUUACGAAUUAAUCAAGUUGGCCGAGCAGCAGAGAUGGGGUGCCAGAGAUACGACAGCGGUGCCUGCUAUUAACGUUCUGGCAGGCACCAUGUGGUACCAAGGUGAAUCAGUCCACAAGUCACUUUGGGACAGAGUUUGUACGGCUCCAGAUUUUAGAGAAGACCACCGUGACAGUUUGGUGCUCAUACUGAGAGGUGGCUGGGGGAAUAUGUCGACUGUAAACAUGGAAAACUCCACUGUGUUUUCUACUGCAACCACGCCUGAUUUUGUAUGGACACAUGAGAGGAUCCUGUGGACGUGUAUUUGUGGAGGGGGGAGUUUCCUGGUCUUGACGGCAGUUGUGCUCUAUACCUUCUGGAAGAUUCAGAUGUCUCCAAAGGUACAGAAGAAAAGAGAUGAUGAACGACACGAGAGAGAAAAAAAAAAUAUAGCACUACAAGUCAGGGAAAGUGUCCAUUAUAAUUCGCGGGCGAUCCCGAAGUCGACGGUCGGUAAAAUCUUCUCCAACGAAAAACGGAUUAAAAAUGAGCAUAUGGCUCUCACAAGACUAGCUUUGGAGAGAGAGGUUAUCCGACGAAGUGGUAAAAAUCCUUUGUCAACGCAGGAGAUUGCAGACAAGGCCUGCGACCUUGCCGUAGACGAAGUGCGAGCUGAAGGGUUCCUCAAGUACACAGCCAUGGCGCCCAUUCGGAUCAAUGGCUUGGCUUAG